AUGGCUGAACUGCCUCAACCUACCAUCAGAACGAGGUUUCUCGUCAUCUCCGACACGCACAGCCGCGACUCUAUACCAUCAUCGAAUGAGCCUGCAGAUGUAGCCAUCCACUGUGGCGAUCUCACGAUGGGAUCCAAACUGGAUGAGUUCAAAGCAGCCAUCAAUCUCCUAAAGCAGAUCAACGCCCCACUGAAACUCGUCAUCGCGGGCAAUCAUGACUUCACACUCGACCCCCCGGCGUUUCAGAACAAAAUCCACGAAGCCCAAAGGCUGCAAGAUAUCGACCCACUACUGAUCGAGAAAGAGUAUGGUUACUGUGGGCAGGUUCGAGAACUAUUUGACCAUGUCGACGUGAAGGAGAAGAGCGGGAUCCGACUUUUAGACGAAGGGACCCACUACUUGACUCUGAAUAACGGCGCUUCCUUAACAGUAUACGCCAGCCCGUACACCCCGUCGUUUGGGGAAUGGGGAUUUCAGUAUAGCCCGGAUGAAGGGCACGAGUUUGCAAUUGGCAGUGUUGAUCUGGUUAUGACGCAUGGCCCGCCUCGGGGCGUCCUGGAUCAGUCCAUGUCUAGCCGGCGGGCAGGCUGCGAGUAUCUCUUUGACAAGGUCGCUCGAUCCAGACCGCGAAUGCACUGCUUUGGACAUAUUCAUGGAAGCUGGGGAGCCAAAUUGAUCACAUGGCGCAAGACGAUCAGUGAGAAACCGUCCCAUCUGACAGAUAUCGACAACGGUCAAUCAACGGUAGUCAAAAAGCUGUGCAAUAUCAAGGCGAGUGGCCCGCGGCCGUUUUACCUGACCAGCCACUGUGCUGAUGAUGCGAAUUCCCUUCAACAUGGGCGUCAUACCCUGUUUGUCAAUGCCGCUAUCGAAGGAUCCGAUGACUUUCCUACACACCCUGCAUGGCUCGUCGACUUGGACCUGCAAAGAGCCCUGUGA